AUGGUCACCAUCGGAAUGUCUGUCAUCGUCAUCAAUCAUAAGUAUGAGGUCGAAGUCCUCCAAGGCCGUCUCAACCAGGUCUACCUCGCAAGACUCGCAGAUGGCAGCAGUCUAGUGCUCAAAUGCCCACCCGCCUCCAACGUCCGACUUCUUCGCCAUGAGAAGCAUUUCCUCGAAACCGAACGAAAGACGCUCGAGACGCUGCAUGAAUACACUCAAAUCCCCGUCCCUCAAAUCAUAAAAUAUGACAGUCAUGGUGGUCCACUCGGCACACCUUUUCUCAUGACGACCUUCAUGCCCGGCCGGAGACUCUCCGAACUUGCACCAUACCUCACGCCUAGUCAACAAAAUUGCAUCGAUCGGACACUGGGCACCCAUGUUCGGGCACUUACCUCAUUGUCAGCAACUCAAUUUGGUAUGACACAUCGGGUGUUUGCCAAAAAGGGAAGCAACUCCUGGCGCGAAGCAUUCCUAGCUCUGCUCGAAGCCGCUCUCCGCGAUGCAGAAGAUAUGCUCGUCAACAUACAUUUCGAAAGUAUACGCUAUUGGGUUGGUAAACAUGCCCACUAUCUGGAUGAGGUUAUCGAGCCGCGUCUCGUAGCACUCAAUGUCUGCGACCCGGAGAACAUUCUCAUCGACCAACACUCCAAGCAUGUCACCGGCCUAGUUGGCUUCUCAAACGUCAUCUGGGGCGAUCCGCUCUUGAGCGGCGGUAUGGCUGACGGCAGCGAGGCGUUUUUUGCAGGCUUAGGAAACUACCCGGCGAGGACUGGGGGCGCGAAUGUGAGACUGUUGAUGUACAAGACUUACAGGGCAACGGUACGAAUCGUCGCACACCAUUACAGACCCCAUGAUGGUAUUGUUGAGCUCGAUGCAAGGCGUGACUUGAGCGAGGCACUCAAUGGCCUUGCAGCUAUGUGA